AUGGAUCAACACUUCCUCCACCACUACAACAACCACCACCAAGAACACCGUUCACGAUACGCUCCUCCACCUUCUCAAUCGCACCACCAUCUCCCUCCACCACCCACUCUUCCACCUCCCCCGUCUCUCUCUUACCGCACUAUCGAUCCCCUUCCUCCUCCACCUCCCCCGCCAUCUUACAACCCUCCUCGAUUCCCUUUUUGCCCCGUCGAAGAACAACGCACUCUCUCAAACUCAUUCACCAAUCGUAACGACCAUCUCCCCCGCCGUAUCGUCCCUGACUCCCCGUGGAACCCUAACCCCGACGACCGCUCCACCAGAAAUUAUCCUCCUGUCGAUUUCCAUCGCGAAUCGAAUCACCACCACAACCACCGUCCUCCGCCUUCAUAUCCACCUAUCCGAUACGAAUCUGAGAGCUCUUACGGGAGGUCAAGCUCAGAAACCUCCCGCCUAGCAGGAAGCCCCAGGGAAGCCUACGUCUACGACGAUAACUACCAUCACCACCACGGAACUGCCACAUCCACCUCCACAUCGAGUCUCGCCUAUCAUCCAAUCAACGACGUAUCCCCCAGGAGGUGGUUGAGUGAUAGAAAAGUACACAAUUCUUCUCCUUCACAUUCACCUUCUUUUGAAUUGGUGAAUGAUGAAAUUGGUACUUCCGUGAAACGAGAGUAUCACGGUUCAGAUAUGCUUAGGUAUAGUAAUGGUAGCAAUAGUGGUAGAUCGAGUAGUAGAGAGUGUAAUCAUAAUCAUAAUCAUGGUCGCGAACGUGAAUUCAGUCGCACUCCACCUAAGAAACAGAUUCAAAAGAAGAGUGCUCUUCUUCGAAUCCAGACGGUAAAACCAAACCAUAGGAACCGUGACAGCCGUGACAUUGAACAGUUACGUUAUGCUUCUGAUUCUAACAAUAAUUUCUUCAGGGGUAGCAAUAAAGAUCAACAUGGAGGUUACACAAAGGGUGAAGAUGGGAAAAAAGGAAGCCCGGUUGAACUUGACAUUUCUUUUGAAUCAAACUCUCUUGUGGCAAAGGCUAUUGUCACACCCCCACCUUCCACUUCUGGUGCCACUGCUGCUCCUGUUUCUGGUAAACUGUCUUCUGUUGUUGAAAUUUUGAAUGAUAAUAAUAAUUAUUCGCAGAAGAAUGUAGGUGGUGCUUGUAAUCCUCGUGACAAGCAUGGGGUGGCAGUUUCUGUUAAAGCUAGUGGCACUUGUAAUCGGAAAUUGGCCUCUAAGGUUGUCAAGAAGAAGAAAAUUGUUAAAAGAGUGGUGAAGAAAGGUUCUGGAAAUCCUACUAGUUCAAGCGUUCUGGCUUCACCUUCUCUCGCCAAAGCAAUUGGUGGAACUGUGCAAGCAGGUAGUGUAACACACAGCUCGUCCAUUGCUGCCUCUGAAAAUGUCAAAACUGAAUGUUUGGAGGAGAAAAUCAAUGCUGUUGAUAAGAUGUCUUGUUUGGAGGAGAAAAUCAAUGCUGUUGAUAAGGUGUCUGUGCCAGACAAUGAAAAGAAUGUAUUGUGUGAAGAUGAAAAUCGGGGUUUGUCCCUGCUUAGUCCGGGGCCAGAAUGCAGAUCACAACAAUGUAAGAUCAAUGAAGAUUCUGAUAUUGGGAAAGAAUCCAGGUUUGAAAGAAGUGGAAGUAUUUCAAGUGCUCCAUCUUGUGCUUCUAGUAGUGUAGAUAAAAAUUGUGGUUCUGAUAGUGAUUGUUUAGACGCGUCUAAUCCUGUCCAUGACUUGCUUAGCGUGACUAAUAUUGACAAACCUAUUGACAAACCUACUAAGUCAUUAAAUGGAAGUACUUCUGAACUCAAUCAUUUGGAUUGUGGGAACAAGCAAUUAUGUCAGAGUGAAUUAUCUCUAUCACCUGGGAAGUAUAUAGAUGUAGGAUGUUCAGAGAAUAGGAAUCUUGUAGAUGUAGGGAAUGAAUUGAAUUCCAAUGUCCUUUCAGCUGAUAUUAUAAAUACACAUGAUUCUGCUGAUGACAGCGUUUACGGCUUCAAUUCCAACAAUCUUACAAGUUCAGAAGAGAAAAUUACUGUCAAUGACAGUGAGAAUAAUGACAUUGAUGCAGGGGCUUAUUGUGAAAAGAUGGGUCUUGCGAUCACUACAUUGGGACAAAAUUCAGAUACAACCAUCCCUCUGCCAUGCAGUGGAAUGGUUGCCUCUUCAAGUUUAGGAGAUAUUAGGAUUCAGGGUGGUCAAGAUUGCCUACAACAUACCAGUGUACUGAAGAAGUGUUCUGAUGAUGGAUCAUCUAGUUUAGAUGAGAGUAUCGUUGUUCACCAAUUUGGUAUAAUUAAAGAUGCUGAAAAGCAAGUGUCCCUUGGUGAUGUCCCCAUAUAUGCUGAGAAUUGCGACAUGGAUAAAACAUUUCCAAAUUCUAAUAUUUCACUUGGAUUUGAAGUAAGGGAUACAAGUAAGAAAGAAAAGAGAAAUGUUAGGACUCGUAUAAAUUUUUUGAGUUUGGAUUUGGAUGAUAUAUCUCUUACUCCAGUUAGCCAUUCAAAUGAUGCUGGUAGAGGAGGCUCAAGAAUUUUAUUGAAGGAUCCAUGUCCUUCAGAAGUCCUAGAUCAUUCUAUUCAAAGUCUAGACUUUUACUCACUGUCCAACCAGGUUAGGGGCACUGCUUUACAUGGGAAAAGGGCUUUUUCAGAGACUGAAUUUUGUGUUGCAAAUGCCAACAGUGAUGAUGAAAAUCAGAUUUCACCAGUUUCUAAGAGGAAAAAAGCCACUGCUAGUAACCCAGAUUCAACUCAAUUUCAAACUGAAUUCAUUGAUUCUAUUGUAGCUACCACAUCUAGUGCAGAAGUUCCUAUCAGUUUCAGUGAUAGCCAAGAACCUAAGAAAGACGAUGUUGCAUUGUCAAGCAUGGGUAUGGAUAUUCAGUAUAAUGCUCAGUUGAUGCCUUAUUCAGGUAAUAUUUCUAAAUUGUCUAACUGUAUUUUCACUGGAGGAUCAUUUGAGUCUAUGAAUGCAAAUGGGGAAACAGAGAGUUCUGAGCAUUUGGAAUUGCAGCACUCAGAUAUUGUCUCUACACAAUGUGUGGACUUGGCCAUUCCAAAAGUUCAGUUUUCAGUGUUAGAGUGUGAGCAGAAAGAUAAUGUUACUCUAGUUGUGCCUAUAACUAAUACUCUAACCACAGACAUUUCGGUUAUUGGGAUUAUCAAGGGAGAUAAUACGGAUUCACAGGAUGCUGAAAACGAUUACCAUUAUAGAGAUGGUGUGCAAAGGUCUCCAAGGGCUGAUAUGUUAUCUAGUGAUUUCAAUAUGAAGAGUGAUUCACUUCCUCAGGAGAACCUAAUAUCCUGUCCUGUCGCUGGGGAUGGAGUCACCACCGCAAUCGAUGAUGAAAACAUUUGCGGGGGUGAAGAAAAUCCAAAAACCGAGUCUAUGGUCAAACAUGGUUCUGACUCAGAUACUUCUACUUCAUCAAAACAGCAUACUGAAAAAACUAUGAAGUUAGAUUACACAAUUGGAUGUAGUGACCCAAUAACAAGGAAUAUAACACCAGAACCAACCCAAGUUUAUUCUAAAGUUACACCCCUGGCCCUAAAUUCAUCUUGUUCUGAAUUAAAUGGGAGCAAAACUCAGCUUGAUGGCGACAUCCAUAAAGCGUCUCAGGGUUAUUCUUUUUCGUUUCCGAAGCCAAAAACAAAGACUCCUGCCUCAUCAAUGCAUGCUUUAAAAUCUCGCACCUGGCAUCGGACUGAUAAUAAUAAUCCUCCCGCUCCUCUACCUAGAGUCAAAUUUUCAGCAAGAAUAGUUCCUCCCAGAAAGCCAAUUCUCGAAAGGAAAAAGAACUUUCAAAAUACUUCUUACAUUCGUAAAGGUAACAGUCUUGUUAGGAAUCCUACUCCAGCUUCUGCUAUACCUCAAAUCACCUCUACCAGUCUCAUGAGGAAACCUACUCCAGUUUCUGCUAUACCUCACAUCUCUGCAAAUCUGCUACCUUUGGGCUUAGGUGAAAUACCUAAGGGCACCAAACCUGAAAGCAGGGCUGAUUUGAUAGAUCCGUCAAUCUGCUCAAAAACAAAAGCAUCUAAUAUUGUUCUACCCGUUGACAACAAAUCAGACGAAAAUAUAUCUUUUCGGUUGCUAGAACCCCCUUCCAGUGGCUGCUGUGAAAACACAGCUGAUCUUAGGAAGUUUUCUGAGAGUAAUGAUGCACCAGUUUCCUCUGGAGAUGUACCAAAACAACAUGAAGCUCUUGAAAAACAAGCUGGUCCAUCUAGCAAUGGGGGAUGUACAGCUGAAGCAAAUGAUGGAAAUAUUUCUUUGAACUCAAAAAGAAUAGUUUAUGUAAAGCCUAAAACAAAUCAAUUGGUUGCUACUUCGAGUUCUAGUGAUAUGGUUGUCUCUACUGAUGACAAAGGCCAAACAGCCUUCUCUGAUAGCUAUUUCAAGAGGAGAAAAAAUCAAUUGGUUAGAACUACGUUUGAAAACCACACAGUUGCAAUACCCAAUAACAUUGGGAAUUCUGACGCCCAAGGAGCUAGUAGAGUACUUUGCAACAGGAGGUUUACCAAGAGGCGGUCACAUAAAGUUGCUGGGAUGUCAAAUAAAUCUUCAAGAGCCUCAUUGGUGUGGACACUUGGUAGCAAAAAUUCUUCUAGAAAUGACAGGAACUCGUGGCAUUAUCAAAAGUUUCCAUGGAAAAGAACAACAUAUUUAAGAAGCUUCAUUCAUAAUUCUUCUUCAAGCUUCAAUAGUGGUUCCUUAUCUGCAGCCGGCAAGAAAUUGCUUCUGUCGAGAAAGAGGGAUACUGUGUACACCAGGUCGACCCGUGGGUUUUCUCUUUGGAAAUCCAAAGUUUUAGGCGUUGGCGGGUCUAGUUUAAAAUGGUCAAAAUCAAUUGAGAAGCACUCAAAGAAAGCUAAUGAGGAAGCCACACUUGCUGUUGCUGCUGUUGAGAGGAAGAAGAGAGAAAAGAAAAAUCCAGCUCGUACUGGUUCUCAGACAAAGAGAGAACGUAUUUUUCGUGUUGGUUCAGUUCGCUACCGAAUGGAUCCUUCCAGGCGGACACUUCAGAGGAUUUCAGAUGAUGAGUCCCUGUCCUCUGUCUCAACCAGUUCUGGUUUGGUUUCUAAAAGAGGUUACAUCCCAAGAAGAUUAGUGAUUGGAAAUGAUGAAUAUGUCACAAUUGGCAAUGGAAACCAGCUUAUUAGAGACCCAAAGAAACGAAUUCGAAAACUGGCAAAUGAAAAGGUUAGAUGGAGCUUGCACACUGCCAGACAGCGGUUGGCUCGUAAGCAGAAGUACUGUCAGUUUUUCACAAGAUUUGGGAAAUGUAACAAGGAUGGAGGGAAGUGCCCUUACAUUCACGACCCCUCAAAAAUUGCUGUCUGUACUAAGUUCCUGAAUGGUUUAUGUUCUACUCCAACCUGCAAAUUGACUCAUAAGGUUCUUCCAGAGAGAAUGCCUGAUUGCUCAUACUUUUUGCAAGGCUUAUGCUCAAACAAAAGUUGUUCAUAUAGACAUGUCAACGUGAACCCUAAUGCAUCUAUUUGUGAAGGAUUUCUUAAGGGUUAUUGUGCUGACGGGAAUGAGUGUCGGAAGAAGCACAGCUACGUCUGUCCUAGUUUUGAAGCAACAGGAACCUGUACUCAAGGAACCAAAUGCAAGCUUCACCACCCCAAAAAACAAAGCAAGGGAAAGAAAAGAAAGAGAUCUGGAGACCAGAACAACGAUAGUGGACGUUACUUUGGUUGUAUUCCGGCUGAUGUUUCUGAACCUGGGUUGACGGUGGUUCCCAGCCAUUCUCAACAGAAUGAAGAACAUGAAAAUGAACUAACUGACUACAUCAGUCUUGAUGUGUAUGAUGAAGCGGAAGACAUGGUUGACCAAUCAUUUUGUGACAAUGACACCAUGGAUUUUCAGUUGGAUAUCAAACCUAUUUCUAUAAUACCGAAGUUUGCUUUGCAAUCUCAGUUUAGAAGCCCACAAGCUUAG